AAGGCGUGGUUACUAAUUAACUUCGCGGGGUUUCGCGGGAAAAUGAUUUUAACAUGGCGUCCACACGGGUGUAGAUUGAGACUUUUGUUUCCAUUCAUUCGCUUCUCCCAGUCAACCCUCCCUCCUCCUCCCCCUCUCACUGUAGACACAGCUGCAUCAAAUUAUGAAGAAGGAAAAGGCUAUGAAGAGAAAGUUGUAAGAAAAAAGAAAAUAAAAGAAGAGAGAGUCAGCCUUCCUCCUGUGCCCCUCCCACCUCUCCUUGGGGAAGCACUGAGGACUGUAUUAUCAAAUUAUCCUCCUAAGUCGUUAAUAGCAGCUGGUAACCUAAUCUCAGAGUACAUCUUCAGAGAUACUACUGUGACUCCGCCCAUUAAAUAUGGCCGUCGUAUUUCCAUUGGUUACGCUGCCAGUAGAACACAACCAGUUUACGGAUCAACGUACCGUGUACUUCAUGAGUUGUCUAAUAUUGACAAAGGAUUUAAACCAGAGACUAUGCUUGAUUAUGGAUCAGGACUAGGAACAGCAGUAUGGGCAGUACACUCAAUAUGGGGGAAGAGUGUGUAUGAGUAUCAGACUAUUGAUACUUCUUCUGAUAUGGGAGACCUAGCAAGAUCAUUAAGAAAUGGUACUAUACACCACCUCUUACAUACUGUUACUAUAAUAUAUACUGCUAUACUAUAG